AUGACUGCCGAAGGGAUACCAAUUCAUAUAAAACAACCUAUGAUUCAUACGAUUAUGCCUGAAGAAAGCAUGCUUGACUCAAAAUCCGAGGUUUCAUCACCUGAAGCUUUACAGGAGACAUCAAAUGCUAUAUCUCUGAUAAUACAAUUUAUUUCGAUUGCUUUCAAUUUUAUGACUUCUAAAGAGUCUCCUCUACGAACUUUGUCUCCUGAAAUAACCUUCUUUUUGGAAGCUAUUAUAAACUUUUUUUCGACAACAUCAAAAAUUAAUUUAAUAUUAUAUUUAAUAAUUUUCUUCACAUGGAGUUAUCUACAAAAAUCUCCUUUAAUAUUGUUGAUUCUUGGAUGCACAUUUGGCUAUAUGCUACGAAACAAUUCGAAUACACCUAAUCAGAAAAUUUUUUGGAUGCAAGAAUCCUAUGUACAACAAAAUGCUCAAGAUUCUCUGCAGGCCACUAAAUAUGAAAAAGCAACUUCUUCAGAACUUUCUAUUACCCCUCGAGUAGAUGAUUCAUUAAACAAAGCAUUUGAUUUUAUUAUUCGGGAUAUAGUUGUUUUUUACUAUGAUCAAAUAAAUUUAGGCAAGGAUUCCGAAUUUCACAUUCAUGUACGAAAUGCCAUGAAUGUUAUGGCAAUGAAUUUGUCUUCAUGUCUCCAAAAUGCCGAUAAAGUAGAACUAGGGAUCAUGUCUAGCUUUGCUAUUGCAAAUAAUUUUAUUGUUCAUUUG